UCAUAAGAUUGGCAUUCUUGCAUCGGCAAGGGGCAAGACUUGAUGGCGACCUUCAGCAGCCCUCUGCCACAUCUGGUUUGAUGUUAAUUUCCGCUGGUAGAGCUUCCUUCAAACGGAGGCUGGACAUCAACCCCACUGGCUGGUCUACUCCCGAUAACUAGGAGCGUCUUGCUCCCCACACCAAUAUACAGUCGGUUUCAGGAUUGAUUCCGCAUGCUGAAGUGCGUCAGUGAGCUCUUUUACUCGUUUGAGUACUGUGAUUCUAAUCACAAGAUCUUUCUUAGAAGUAAUAAUACGAAUUUUAAUUCUAUAUUUUCAAAUCUAAACCUCUCUUAUUAUUACUAUACGAGGAGUAAUAUAGGUGGUAAUUUUUGCAACAAAUCCAGUAAACAGCUGGUCACUUAAACGACCAGUGAGACGUGUUCUCUUUUCGGAUCCCUUCUCAACGUACAGCGCUUGCUUGCUGUUAGAUUCAAUCGAAUAUAGUAGCUUCUGAAACAGCUUCAGCGGCUGGAAGAAAUUCGUGUCGAUUGGCUGUAGCAUGCAUUCUGCAUCAGAUGAAGAUUCGUCGAGUCCCUUUGACGAGGCACUUCAAGCUGCCGGAGGCUUCGGCCGAUUUCAGAUUUUGCUCGUAGCAUUAUUCCUGUCAACGGGCACUCUACACUACUGCAGCAAUCACCUGUCGCAAAUUUUCAUCCUGCUGCCACCGGACAAUUUUGGUUGUCGCACGAAUGGAUCAGGAGCCGAUGUUGAUUCCUCGGGUUUGAGCUACGAUAAUGGCUCGGCAUCGACGCUGCUGGCAUGUGGCCUGAAAAACGGCGAUCAUUCUUCUCCUGUGGGUCUGUCUGCAGACGGAUCGGUUUUAACCUGUCCACAAGGGUGGGAAUACAUCUGGGAAGACCUUUUCCCAACUAUUGCCACACAGAACAACUGGGUAUGUGGAGAUUCAUGGAAGCAGUACGCAACUCAUAUGAUGUUUUGUGUCGGCUCUAUGUGCGGUUACCUUAUUUCGGGUUUCCUGUCCGAUCGAUAUGGUAGACGACCUACAAUCGCCUUUCUAUCUGGCCUUGCAGCAUUUUCGAAUGUUUUUCCUCUGGUGAUUAGGUCCGACAUUGCCAUUAUGUCGGCUAGAUUUUUGGCAGGCAUCAGUGCAGACACCGUGUGCUCUAUUGUUUUUCUUCUGGUAAUGGAGUAUACCGUGCCUAGUCACCGCACGCUAGUCGGAACUGUAUGGGCCACUGGAUGGACUUUUCUUGGCGGAUUGUAUCCGUGGUACGCUAAACUCGUCUUCGGUUAUCAGUACCUUUUAAUUUCAACGAGCGUUAUUAGCGUCGCACUCAUCCUUAUGUGUCCUUUUAUACCGGAAUCAGCUAGUUGGCUUGUAUCAGCCGGUCGCAUAGAAGAUGCCAUAGAUAAUUUAGUAAAAAUGGCACGUUUCAACGGGAAGAAAGAUGUCUCCGAAGCUGAGUUCAAAACAUUGUUGCACGCAAUCGACCCGACGAGCAACACUGAGCUGGGUUCAGUGUCGUCAGCGGCCUCGGAGAUAUCAACGUCAUCGAUUUCAUCAUUCUGGGCUGAAACAGUCGCACUUGUGACCACUCCGAACCUUCGGCGAACGACUAUGCUGCUUUUUUCGUCUUGGUUCCUUAUUUGCCUUUGUUACCACGCUGACACGCUAGGACUUGGGCAUAUGGGCCUUUCCAUCUACCCGACAUACUCAAUGUCAGCGGCUUUCGAAUUACCGAUCAACAUCUUUACUAUUUUCUGCCUAGAUAGCGUGGGCCGCAGAUGGCCUAACGUGUGCUUCAUGGCAACGGCCGGAAUUCUGGCCUUCACCUUCGCAGCUGUUGGCGACUCCGGUGGUGAAGCAGUAACAAUGAUCUUGGCAGUUUUCCUCAUAGUUUCGCUGGCUGGCAGUUAUAACAUUACUUAUCAACUCGCCGCUGAACUAUUUCCUACGGUUGUUCGUGGUCGUGGAGUGUUACUAUCUAAGGUGUGCGGUGAUAUGGGUAACAUCAUCGCAGCCCUCGUGGCUUAUCUUAUCGAAAUCAACAAAAACGCGUUAAUACUUUUAGUCGGUGCCUUUGCGUUUCUUGCUGCUACGCUGCUGUUCUUUAUCCCAGAAACUACACAUCAACCUCUACCUCAAACGCUUGAAGAUGGAGAGCUGUUUGGCAAGGACCAACCUUUGUGUUAUUGUCCAAUUUUCGUUGAUCCUGACAGCUCUUUGAAGAAGCGGAAGGAUCCAACACGGGCGUCGAUGAGCAACGUCUCCUACACAUCAGGCCGCCCAGCCAACUCCGUUCAGCCAACGUCUACGCCAAAGACCAAUCCCGAGUUUGGGCAUAGCAAACGUAAGGACCGCAAAAACAAUACAGGCCCCACAAACGCGAUCCCCGUUUCAGGCGCGAUUCAGGUCGUCCAAGUCGUUCAUGACUUUGGCAAUAACAACGAGAUCGCGACAGCGCCUUCAGGCAACAUCUUCAGUGACGUUCAGGAUAAUAAUAACAAUAGCCAAAAUGAUACGAAUUAUAAUCUUGCUGGGCCGAAAGAGCUCGAUUCCAGGUUGUGCAUAAUCCAAGAACCCAAGCGAAGUUUGAUCCCAACAAUUUCCCUGUAGUUUAACCAAUUCCUAUUGCAGAACCUAUUACGGUGGAUAUGCUGUUACAAUCAAACGCACGCGCUUGAAAUACUUGCCUUUAUUACAUAAGUGUGAACUAGGUCUUAGCAUCAUAGAAAGCAACGCAUUUUGAGAUGGAACACCCGACCGUCUGGUCAAUUCCGGAAUCUUCGAGCUGAUCAAAGUGUUAAACUGAAAAAGAGGCAGCCAGCAGAAUGUUCCGAUUCGCCUGAUUAUCAUACUAUGUAUGCAGGCUUUUCUGCGUAUAAAGUAUCCAAAAAGGUUAUUUUUAAUAGACCGAUUAAUUCACUUGGGUGUGCGAAAAGCGCGAGGAAUCAUAUCCCUCUCGUUCUCAAUUUCUAUAUACCGCACAUACAAAUGAAGAAGUUGCAGAAACAACCCAAUUUUUACCGUAGGACAUAUGGCAAUAUUAGGACCCUAGCAAAUAUCUACAGCUUUCUAAAUUAAUCCAUUUCCAUUGAAUUCAAUAUUUCGCUUGUCGUACCAGAAACGCAGUAUCCGAGCAAAGUUCCCCUUGGUGUUAGUUAUGGAGUAAGGAAUAAAAUCAUACCAUAAAAUCAACUCGGAUUAUUUUAUAUACAAAUACGUGCUUUCUCCGUUGAUAUUACUCCGCGUGAGUGCCAUUUCUAGAUCGGACCUGUUAAAGGGUCACAAAUACUGUAUGUUUGUACAUACGAUAAAAUGUAUAUUCGCAUUAAUUAAUAUACUGAUAAAUUUAAAAUAAAUUGUUUUAUGUCUGGA